AAGCUGAUUAUGGGAGCUCUUUUUUUUUUCCUCUCCGUGUGUGUUUUCGCCUCCUCUGAGGAAAAGCAGCUCCAGCGACCAGCUCGGGCGGAUGUUUGUUUUUUCUACGAGGGAACGUCACCAAACUGCCUGCUAAUAAUUUUAAAGAGGGGGGAAAUAAAGCAUCCUUUUCUGGAUUAUUUUUUUUAACCCCUCCUCCUGCUGCUGCUGCUCCGACUUUUGCUUCUCCGCCCCCUGCUCCUGUACCGCUGGCACCGGGGAGGAAAACACACACACACACACACACACACACUGGGGAUAUUUUGACACCACAUUCGUGCAAAAAUGCGACACGCGUGUGUGUGAGCAGCGGCGGCGGCGGCGACUAACGCCUGGAAUCUGGAAGAAACUCGCUCUGGUUGCCACUUUUUUCUCUCCUUCUUUCCUCCUGUUUUUGGCUGUUUUUUUUUAAUGGUUUCGCAUUAGGACUCGGGUCGGUGCGUGUUCGCUGUCACCACGCAGGGUGAGGAGGAGAAGGGAGGGGACGGUCCUGUCACCCAGCGUGGAGUCAAACUAAAGCCUCCGGUGGUAAACUACAUGCGCCUGGCUCCCGAUGAUCUCCUAAUCUGUGGGACUGAGGACGGUUCUGCACCCCCAAGCUGACUGCCUUCAAGAUGGAGAGCGAGAAUAAAAGGAGAAAAUACUCCACAAGCAGCAACGACUCCGACACCACUGACAGUCAUGUGACAUCAUGGUCAAAGUCUUCAAAGAACAUGGGCACCAGCAGCACAUGGGUCCGCCACCAGCACAAAAAACCUUCAGAGGUAUUUCGUACGGACUUCAUCACAGCCAUGAAGCUACCGGACUCCGCCCAGCUUGGCCCAGAUGACUUUUACAUACUGUCAGACCCCUGGAGACAAGAGUGGGAAAAGGGAGUGCAGGUACCUGCCAACCUGGAGGCCAUACCAGAGCCAGUGGUCAGGUUGCAGCCGGAGACAUUGGGUAUCUGCCCUCAUGGUCCUGCUCUCACCAUGCAGGGGAGGGAGGGUGAUGCACAGACUCUUACCACCAAGCUCUACAGCCGCUAUGAUCUAGAUGACCUGGAUGUUGCCUGGUUGGAGCUGGUCAACCAGGAGUUCAGACUGAUGGCCUUACCGGAACUAGACGAGCUGACGAUGGAGUGUGUCCUGGUCGAACUGGAGAGUGCAUGUGAGGAGAAGAUGCAACAGGCCAUCGAAACUGAAGAGGGUCUGGGCAUCGAGUACGACGAAGACGUGGUGUGUGACGUGUGCCGCUCGCCAGAAGGAGAGGACGGCAACGAAAUGGUCUUCUGCGACAAGUGUAACGUCUGCGUCCAUCAGGCGUGUUACGGCAUCCUGAAAGUACCCCAGGGAAACUGGCUUUGCCGGACCUGUGCACUGGGUGUCCAACCCAAGUGUCUGCUCUGCCCUAAGAGAGGAGGGGCUCUGAAGCCCACUCGCAGUGGAACCAAGUGGGUCCACGUCAGCUGUGCCUUAUGGAUCCCUGAGGUGAGUAUAGGCUGUCCAGAGAAGAUGGAGCCCAUUACCAAGGUGUCCCACAUCCCUGCCAGCCGCUGGGCCCUGUCCUGCUGCCUUUGUCGAGAACACACAGGAACCUGCAUACAGUGCUCCAUGCCCUCCUGCAUUGUGGCCUUUCAUGUGACCUGCGCCUUUGACCAUGGCCUGGAGAUGAGAACUAUCCUUGCUGAGAAUGAUGAGGUGCGCUUUAAGUCUUUCUGCCUGGAACACAGCAGCACCACUAACAGCAGCAAUACAUCUGCCAAUACCACCUCCAGUUUAACAAAUACAACCAACGGAAACCACACCGCAACUUCUACCACCAACGGGAUGCAUGGCACAUCCAAACUGGACUGGACUACCACGGGUUACAGUUCCGAUCUCCGGUUGGAUAAACAGCAUCAGACAAAUGGCAGCAAUGACCUGGGGCAGAGGUCGGUAUCAUGCCCAGUAUCAGUGUCGGUGUCUGCAUCAGAGCGGGCAGAGAGAGACCAGCUGGAGAGAGAGAAGGUCAGCCAGAGGAAGCUGAAACUCCAGGAACUGGAAGAUGAGUUUUACCAGUUGGUGAACCCCAGAGAGGUGGCCGAAAGCCUUGGACUACCCAUCUUCCAGAUGGACUUCCUCUAUCAGUUCUGGAAGUUGAAGAGGAAAGCCAACUUUAAUCAACCCCUGGUGACCUUAAAGAGGGACGAGGUGGACAACCUGGCCCAGCAGGAGCAGGACGUUCUCUAUAGGCACCUCAAACUCUUCACCCAUCUCCGACAGGACCUAGAGCGGGUUCGGAACCUGUGCUACAUGGUGACACGGAGAGAGAGGAUGAAACACACCCUGUGUGACCUCCAGGAGAAGAUCUUCCACCUGCAGAUACAGUUACUGGAAGAAGAGUUGGCUGGAGACAAGAGCCAGACGGGAGAAAAGAGGAAACAGAAUGGAGUGAAGGAGAAAAGGAAGGACAGAAGAAUGAACAGCCCUGAGAAGAAAAAAGACAGAUGGAAGUCAGAGAAUGGCUCACUGCUUAAAGAGCUAGGUUUGUCGAAGUCCUUCCCAUUGGACAACUCUUUGUUCGACAGCUGGCUCGCCCAGUCAGUCCAGAUCACCGCUGAUGACAUGCUAAGCCAGUGGGCGUUGGGUGGACAACAUCGGGAUAAGAGCGGCAGCCUGCUCUCCGACCAGCUGCUGCAGGGUGAGGAGAGCCUGCUGAAUCUAAUGAUGGAGAACUCCAUGCAGUCCACCUGGAAGACCCCGCAAUUGGGCCGCAAACUGCGAGGGAACAAGUCCCGUGCCCGUGGACACCCACAGUCUAACUCCCAGGCCCAGUCUCAAGCCCCCCAGUCUGAUACAGCCAUCUCGGCCUGUUCCAGCCCUUCUACUGCAAAAAGCUGCAGGUUCAGCAUGUCUGAAGAGAAGCCCAGUCAUGUUGGACGUAAAGGGGAAAAAUCCAGGGGUUCCUCCAAGACCCUGCACCACCACCACCACCACACCAGAAGCUCUGACCCUCACAGGGACCCGCCACCACAGCCCCCCAUCUCCAAAAUGGAUUCUUGUCACAUUUCAGAGGACUGCAGUCCACGGAACAGCAUCCACACUGGGAAUGGCUUUACAGCAGGGGCUGGAUCCACCAUUGUGACAUCAGGUCACACUGCAAGAUCAUCACCGCCUCCUCCUUCCAGCCCCAGGGUCACAGUGCCGGACAUAGCUGCAGUCUUUCGUGGACGGGCCGCGCGACACCGUGUUUCUCGGCUGGGUAAGUCCAGGGGAAGGAGAUCCAGUGGAGGGGGAAGUAUGGCAGGGUCGGAAUCUGACCAACCCGAGAGAGACUUGCUUCUUUCACAAAGGGAAGCUUCACUGCUGGACGUUGCUGAGACUGAAGGUUACUUCUCUGAUGGUGAGCAGAGCGAUUUAGACUUGCACUCAGGCGGCAGCAAACUCCACUUGCCGCAUUUACAUUCUGGAAACGAGGACCUGCUGAGAAGGAGCAUUCUGGCAUCUUAAAGAACUGAGAUUCUCAAACAAAUACAACACACAUACACAGUUGUCCAUGUAGAGUCCCAGUCUGAGUUCCACUGGAUAAUGGUGUCUCCAUCUGUGGCCAGUGCAUGGCAUACAAACAUAGCGGUUGUGUUCAACAUAAUAUUUGUCAUGGUUUCCAGUGGAAAGUCUUUAGCCUUUAACUGCUUUGUUUUUGGGGAAUUUGGGAAUUUUAAUGUAGCUGUUUGCUUGUCAUAUAGCUACUCCACUCAACAGCAAUUUAUUAGCUGACCUUAAGGGCCCCUUCACACAUAGUGUAAAGUUUGGUCGACAUCUGGUCCAUUACAGUGAAACAGUUUGAGUACCACGAAACAUUGCGCCAACGGGCAGGCGUGCACGAAGUUCGUGCAUGCGCCGGUGUCUUUCGAGGAGGAGCAUGUGCUGCGAGGUGCAGCACAUGGCCCCGCUUAUGUGGAAUAUAUAAAAAAUAAAACCAGCUGGUACAUGUGGAACCACAUU